AUGGUCAAGAUUACCAAAAGUACGCGCUCUUUGUUCCUUUCCUGCGGCUCUUUUUCUCUCUCCUUCUCUCUCUCUCUUUUGUUCCCAUGCUGCGCUUUCUUCGCGUUCGUAUUCUUUCUCUCUCUCCUUUCGCGCUGCGUUUGUGCGUGCGUUUGUGUGCGCGUGUCUGUGUGUCUCGAGCGGCCUGAUCUUCGUCUCGGAGUUUUGUUUCCAUCUCAACCACAAGUUUUCUUCUCGUGCUCUCACGUGCUGACUUUGUUUCCUCUCUUUAUCAUCACAUCAUCUUUUAAUUCAGUUUGCUGCAUCGGCGCCGGCUACGUCGGCGGACCGACCAUGGCCAUGAUCGCUCUGAAGUGCCCGCACAUCGAGGUGACGGUGGUUGAUUUGAACCAACAAAGAAUCGACGCGUGGAAUUCGGACAACCUCCCAAUUUACGAACCCGGAUUGGAUGAAGUCGUGAAAGCGUGCAGAGGGAAGAACUUGUUCUUUUCCACGGAUUGCGAGGCGGCUAUUCGGGCGGCGCAGUGCAUCUUCGUCUCGGUGAACACGCCGACGAAGAAGACCGGUUUGGGGAAAGGGAAAGCCGCGGAUUUGACGUAUUGGGAAUCCGCGGCGAGGAAUAUCGCCGCGUGGUCGACCAGCGAUAAGAUUAUCGUCGAGAAGUCUACGGUUCCGGUGAGAACGGCGGAGGCGAUUGAGAAAGUUUUGUUGAGAAACUGCCCGCAGGAAGGCGUGCACUUUGACAUUUUGUCCAACCCGGAGUUUUUGGCGGAGGGGACCGCGAUUGACGAUUUGACCAUGCCAGAUCGCGUUUUGAUCGGUGGGAAGAUUGAAAACGACCGCGGGACGGCGGCGUGCGCCGCUUUGUGCGAAGUGUACGCGAACUGGGUGCCAAAGGAGAGAAUUUUGACCGCCAACUUGUGGUCCGCGGAGUUGAGUAAAUUGACCGCGAACGCCAUGUUAGCGCAAAGAAUUUCUUCCAUCAACGCCAUCUCGGCGUUGUGCGAGUGCACCGGAGCGGACGUUUCCCAAGUCUCCUUUGCGAUUGGUAAAGAUUCCAGAAUUGGCCCGAAGUUUUUGAACGCCUCGGUCGGUUUCGGCGGUUCGUGCUUUCAAAAAGAUAUCUUGAACUUGGCGUACAUUUGCGAGUGCCACGGAUUGCAAGAAGUUGCCGAUUACUGGUACUCCGUCGUUGGCAUGAACGAUUACCAAAAGACCAGAUUCGUGAGAAGAGUUGUUUCCGCCAUGUUCAACACCAUUCGUAACAAGAAAAUUGCCAUGCUCGGCUUUGCGUUCAAGAAGGACACCGGGGAUACUCGCGAAACGCCGGCGAUUGACGUCGCGCAUGGGAUGAUUGAAGAUGGUGCCAAGAUUGCGUUGUUUGACCCGCAAGUGCCGGAAGAACAAGUCAGAAUGGACAUGGGCGAAGAAGCUAUGAAGAGCAUCACGUGCUACUCGAAGCCGACGGAGGCGUUGAAGGACGCGCACGCCGUGACCAUCAUGACCGAAUGGGACGAGUUCAAGACGUACGACUGGAGAGCUAUCUACGAAGUCAUGCACAAACCGGCGUUUGUGUUCGACGGGAGAAAUAUCUUGGACCACGCGCACUUGAGCGAGAUUGGUUUCAUCGUCUACGCGCUGGGUAAACCGAUCGAUCCGUUUUUGAAGUCCGCCGAAGGCGCGUAA